AAUCGUAUUAUCCGGCAUCUUCUGAAUUUCCUUUCAAUUAGCUAAUAUGGGGAAAACAGCUCUGCUCGUUUUAGUAGUGGCAAUAACAAUGAUUAAUCAGUGUAAAGGCAAAUCGAACUUUGCAUGUACCGAACGAGGUGGAAAUUGUUCAGACUCUAAUACAUGUCCAUCAUUAGGAGGUAAUGUGGAAAAACUAUCUGUCAGGUGCAAUUGUGGGAAGGCAUGUUGCAAAUGUACUGACACAUGUUCUGAUGGUUCUACGUGUAUGAGCGAAGGUGAAACCUGUGAUGGAACCAAAGAUAUAAGCGGCUGUUGUGGCAACAGGUUUUGUUGUACACCAACUGCGAUAUUGGGACCGGUUCCAUGUCUCAGAACUUGUAUUUAUGGUUGUAAGACCGAAUGUGCACCAUCUAAACUGAAGGAGGGAAAGUGCUGUGGAGGAUUGAUUUGUUGUGAGCCCACUGGACGUUGACCUGAAUCUUAAUGCUGACAGAAGACAACAUUUAGUAAAAAAUA